AUGGGAUCAAACCCCUUUCCCCUGGAGCUGCAUUGGAGCGAGCUGCAGGAGCUCAGGGAAGCGUUUUUGGAAUUUGACAAGGAUAAGGAUGGCUUCAUUAACUGUAAGGACCUGGGGAACUGUAUGAGGACCAUGGGCUACAUGCCGACCGAGAUGGAGCUCAUAGAACUCUCACAGAUUAUCACUGGAGGCCGAGUGGACUUUGAAGAUUUUCUGGAGCUGAUGGCUCCCAAGCUGUUGGCAGAGACGGCCGAUAUGAUCGGAAUGAAGGAACUCCGGGACGCUUUCCGAGAGUUUGAUUCUAAUCAUGAUGGGAAGAUUAGCACUUCCGAGCUUCGGGAAGCGAUGAAGAAGCUGAUGGGGGAACAGGUCCCUUCGCGGGAAAUCGAGGAUAUCCUCCAUGAUGUGGAUCUGAAUGGGGACGGCCUGGUGGAUUUCGAGGAGUUUGUCGGGAUGAUGUCCCGUUAGUGGGGCGAAUGGACUGUUCCUGCCGGAUUCGAUCCCUGGAACUCUGCGUCCUGUUUGUUGGUUCGUGGACUGUGACGCUUCCCUGGGAUCUCUGAGCCCCUUCAGCUUCAGGUGGCCUGCGCCCCUCUGCCCCCAUCCAUGGAUUUUGUGAUAAUGCACGCUGUCUUGCUGCGGAUUCCCCGGCUGUAUUGAUUCAUCCUCUUUUCUCCCCCCACUCCACUUCCCCUUCUCCAUACCCCGUAUCCAUCGGGAUCCUGACCCCCACGAUCAGAGCCGCGUGCCUGCUUCACCAGGAACACAGAGAGCUCAGGACGCUGACUCUCGUGUCCCAUUCACGGCCGGCACGUUCUGCAGAAUCUCAUCGCCGUCCUGUUGUCGAGCACAGUUCCCCAGAGUCCCCUAAGAGUCAGGGACCCCGUUUAAAGAGUGGGUCUCUCUCUCUCUCUCUCUUGCUCUCUCUCUCUCUCUCACUGUUUUUUCUCUCUCUCUGUUUCUCUAUCACUGUCUCUCUCUCUCUCUGUCUCUGUCUCUCUCUCUCUCUGUCUCUGUCUCUCUCUCUCUCUCUCUCUCUCUCUCUGUCUGUCUCUCUCUCUCUAUGUUUCAGGGGCCCUACUUAAUGAGGGAAUCUCUCCCUUUGUCUUCAACAAGGUUCUUCACGGUAAGCUGGUUAGCGACGUUCGAACACACAGAAUCCAGGGAGAACGAGCCAGUCAGAUACAGAACUGACUGGAAGGUAGGAGACAGAGGGUGGCCGGGUGUGGUUUGCUUUUCAGACUGGAGACCUGUGACCAGCCGUGUCUCGGAUCAGUGCUGGGUCCCCUGCUUUUUGUCAUUUACAUAAAUGAUUUGGAUGUGAACACAGGAGGGACGGUUAGUAAGUUUGCAGAUGAGACCAGAUUUGGAGGUUGUAGUGGGCAGUGAGGAAGGUUACCUCAGAGAACAGCAGGGCCUUGAUCCGAUGGGCCGAGGAGGGGCAGACGGAGUUUAAUUUAGAUAAAUGUGAGGUGCUGCAUUUUGGAAAGGGACUUCAGGGCAGGACUUAUACACUGAAUGGGAAGGGCCUGGGGAAUGUUGCUGAAUGAGACCUUGUGGGGUAGGUUCAUGGUUCCUUGAAAGUGGAGUCGCAGGUGGACAGGGCGGGGAAGGAGGGGUUGGGUACGCUGGCCUGUAUGGGUCAGUGCAUUGAGUACAGGGAGCUGGGAGGGUCACGUGGCGGCUGUAUUGGUGAGGGCCACUUCUGGAAUACUGUUUGUAAUCCCGGUCUCCCUGCUGUAUUAUUAAACUGGAGGAGGUUCGGAAAAGAUUUACAGGGAUGUUGGAGGGUGUGAGCUACAGGGAGAGGCUGGGGCUAUUUUCCCCGGAGUGUCGCGGGCUGAGGCGGGGGAGCACCUUAUAGAGGUUUAUAAAACCAUGAGGGGCAUGGAGAGGGUGAAUAGACAAGGUCUUUUCCCCCAGGGGUAGGGGGAGUCCAAAACUAGAGGGACAUAGGUUUAAGGGGAGAGGGGGAAGGGAGCUGAGAGGUAACUAUUUCACACAGAGGGUGGUGCGUGUAUGGAAUGAGCUGCCAGAGGAAGUGGUGGGGGCUGGUACAGUUACAGCAUUUAAAAGGCAUCUGGAUGGGGACAUGGAUAGGAAGGGAUCAGAGGGACAUGGGCCAAAUGCUGGUGACUGGGGCUGGAUUAAAGUAGGAUAUAGGGUCAGCAUAGAAGAGUUGGGCCGAAGGGUCUGUUUCUGUGCUGUAUUGAUUUGCGUCUCUCUCUCUCUGCCAGGGUCCCUGUUUAAAGAGGGAGUCUCUCUCUCCCCCUUUCUCUCUCUCUCUCUCUCUCUGUCUCUCUCAAUCUCUCUCGCUCUCUGUCUCUGACACUCUCUCUCUCUCUUAGGGAGCCUGUUUAAGAUGGAGCCUUUCUCCGCUCGGACAGUGCAUGUUAAAGUGUGACAAUAAGGGAUAGCAGGAACUGCAGAUGCUGGAGAAUCGGAGAUAACAUGGUGUAGGGCUGGAUGAACACA